AUGGAUUUCUCCGAGUAUACCGGUCCCAGUGCGGAGUGGCUUGCGAUUGAGCCCACCUUGCCUGCAAUGCCUCAAAUGCCGCCGUUGGAGUUGAGAGACAUGGUCAACAAGGGGCGUGAGGAGCUUGCAGCUGAGGGGAUCAAGGAAAUAGCAUCCCAAGUCCAAAUGCAAGAUUACAUUGUGACAACUCGAGACGGCGCAUCGCUCGAGGUCCGCACAUACCGACCCUCGACCAUUGCCAAUUCCGAGAAACUCCCUGUAUAUAUCCACCUUCACGGCGGAGGCUAUCUCUUCGGCACCCUCGCCUCUGAAGACGGCAUCUGCUCUCGCAUCGUCGUCUCUCGCAUGCAAAACAACACCCCCGUGGUCGUGCUCAACGUCAACUAUCGGCACACCCCCGAACAUCAAUUCCCCAUAGCUUGGUACGACGUCGAAGAUGCCUUUGUCUGGCUUCACGACAACAUCGACCAGAUCGGUGGUCUCGCCGAUCAAGUCGUCGUGGGUGGUAUCUCGGCCGGUGCUCACCUAACCGCGUCACUGACACUCACCCAACUAUACGGUGAUAAUGAGCGAGUCAAGUCCUGUCCCAGGAUUCGCGGCCAGGUGCUGAUGAUUCCUGCCCUCGUCUCGGCCAAGUACUAUGGCAAUCGGAAGGAGAUGCUGCGCAGCCCCGAGGUGUCGAGUUAUGUGACUUGUGCCAAUGCCCCCAUCUUGCCAGUCAGCAGGAUUGACUUGUUCAUGAAGCUGCUCAACAUUGACAGAUAUCCGAAUGCAGCACGGGAUCUGCGCAUGAACCCGGGAAAUGUCACUGCCGAGGAAGUCAAGGGCUUGCCUCCGACGACCUUUGGUGUUGCAGGCAAUGAUCCCCUUCGAGAUGAGGGUCUUCUCUUCGCCAAAAUGCUCUGCGAGAAUGGGGUGCCCGCCGAUGUCCAUGUCUUCCCUGGUCUUCCUCACGGAUUUCGGCGUUGGUUCGGCAAGUCUGCCACCGGAAAGAAGUGGGACGACGUCAUGAGUGGUGGCAUUAGUUGGGCUUUGAGUAACCCAACUGUUCAGCCAUUUACAAUCAAGGUCGAGUAA